UUUACCCUGCUCAACUCCUUCCUCUACCCGAGGAUAUCGGAGGCGAUACGUAUCGCAGGUAGCCUUGUUUUCAUCCUGCUGCUCUUCAUCCUCACAGCGGUUUUGGUCAAAGUGCCCAUGGAGGAAGACUGCUUCUUCUCGGUCACCAUGGCUACUAUCUGGUUCAUCAACUCGUUUGGUGCCGUGCUGCAGGGCAGUCUGUUCGGUCUUGUGGGGAUGCUGCCUCAGAAGUACAGCAGCAUCUUCAUGAGUGGCCAGGGCCUCGCUGGGACAUUCGCUGCCAUCGCCAUGCUAAUAGCCAUAGGAAGUAAAACGGACCCUGAAACGGCAGCUUUGGGUUACUUCGUCACGCCGUGUGUGGGGACGUUGCUCACACUCUUCAGCUACUUGGUGCUGCCACGCCUGCCCUCUAAAGAGUCCCGUCUCUUCCCGGUGCUGGUGAUCUCCAGAGUCGUGUUCAUCCCUCUGCUGAUGUUCUGUAAUGUCCAGAGCCGCAACUACCUUCCUGUUUUAUUUGAACACGACGCAGCAUUUUCUGUCAUCAUGGUUUUCUUCUCUCUGUCCAGCGGCUACUUCGUCUGCCUGUCCAUGUCCUACGCGCCACAGUGAGCCAGCAACUCCAUAGUUUGA